CUGCCCGCGCCUUCCGUCCGCGCGGCGACAGCGCCCGCCCGCGCCUGCCUCGGCGUGCUGCCCCGCGGCUUGGCCCCGCUCGGCCCCAGGUCGUGCCUUCCCUCCCCGGCGGAGGCCCCUGCGGACUGCCUAGAGCUGGGUCGCAACUGAGGCGUUAUCUGCGGGCCUGGCCUUGGGGAAGUGGCGGGGAGGAAGAAGAGGCGGCCGGGACGCGUGACAGGAGCAUUCGGGAAGAUUCUUACGGUGCCCUUCACGCGGUGGCUAUGGACGGAGAAAGCCGCUGCAAAUAAAACCAUCCCCCAGAGUAGUUGUGGCGGAAUAAUCUAAAUAUGGGUGUUGGAUUGAGGAAACUUGAAUAUUUUUGUAUCCUGAAGGGAGAAAUGGAUGAAGAAGAAAUGGAUGAAGAAGACCGAAGAUAAUGAUGAAGGGAUAAUUUGGAAUAGGAUUCACAGCAAGAGAGACAGAAGGGAAAGACAUUGAAGAAACAGACUAGUUGACACAUGAAAAAAAUAGAGCAGAGGAAAACACGUCCAUGUUUUUCCACGUCUAAUGAGAACAGGUCUGAUGUGAAAGGAAUUGGAGGAGAAGGGGAAGUUUGGUGAUGCACAGUUUGCAUCCCAGAAGGCUCUUGACAACAAAAGUGUCCACAGCAGAUUCGUCCAGUCUAGAUAGACCAUGCACAGAGAAUUUCAAAGAAAAGCAGAAUAGAUUUCCAAACCUUUACCCUAAUCCAGGGAGGAGAAGACGGGACGUCAAAAUAUAGUCUUGGGUAUAGAAGCAUUGGGUCGCAAAGGCCUGAACAACUGCUGAAAUCAAGGACAAAUAUUAUGGGUCUUAGCACAGUGACUGAUGGAGCUUUCCUACCAGACCCUCAAAUUCACGCAUCAGGUGCGGGAAGCGUGCGAGAUGAGGAGAGAAGCACGACGAAAAAAUCUUCUCAUUUUGAUUUCGCAUUAUUUAACACAAGAAGGGUAUAUCGAUACAGCAAAUGCUUUGGAGCAAGAAACUAAACUGGGGUUACGACGCUUUGAAGUUUGUGACAACAUUGAUCUUGAAACUAUUUUGAUGGAAUAUGAGAGUUAUUAUUUUGUAAAGUUUCAGAAAUACCCCAAAAUUGUCAAAAAGUCAUCAGACACAGCAGAAAAUAAUUUACCACAAAGAAGUGGAGGGAAGACCAGAAGGAUGAUGAACGACAGUUGUCAAAAUCUUCCCAAGAUCAAUCAGCAGAGGCCCCGGUCCAAAACCACAGCGGGGAAGACAGGGGACACCAAAUCUCUCAAUAAGGAGCAUCCUAAUCAGGAGGUAGUUGAUAACACUCGCCUGGAAAGUGCCAACUUCGGCCUACAUAUAUCAAGAAUCCGUAAAGACAGUGGAGAGGAAAAUGCCCACCCACGAAGAGGCCAAAUCAUUGACUUCCAAGGGCUGCUCACAGAUGCCAUCAAGGGAGCAACCAGUGAACUUGCCUUGAACACCUUCGACCAUAAUCCAGACCCCUCAGAACGACUGCUGAAACCUCUGAGUGCAUUUAUUGGCAUGAACAGUGAGAUGCGAGAAUUGGCAGCCGUGGUGAGCCGGGACAUUUAUCUCCAUAAUCCAAACAUAAAGUGGAAUGACAUUAUUGGACUUGAUGCAGCCAAGCAGUUAGUCAAAGAAGCUGUUGUGUAUCCUAUAAGGUAUCCACAGCUAUUUACAGGAAUUCUUUCCCCCUGGAAAGGACUACUGCUGUACGGCCCUCCAGGUACAGGAAAGACUUUACUGGCCAAAGCUGUGGCCACUGAAUGUAAAACAACCUUCUUUAACAUUUCUGCAUCCACCAUUGUCAGCAAAUGGAGAGGGGAUUCAGAAAAACUCGUUCGGGUGUUAUUUGAGCUUGCCCGCUACCACGCCCCAUCCACGAUCUUCCUGGACGAGCUGGAGUCGGUGAUGAGUCAGAGAGGCACAGCUCCUGGGGGAGAACAUGAAGGAAGCCUGCGGAUGAAGACAGAGUUACUGGUGCAGAUGGAUGGGCUGGCGCACUCAGAAGAUCUCGUGUUUGUCUUAGCAGCUUCUAACCUGCCGUGGGAGCUGGACUGUGCCAUGUUACGCCGCCUGGAGAAGAGGAUUCUGGUCGAUCUCCCCAGCCGGGAGGCCAGGCAGGCCAUGAUCUACCACUGGCUGCCUCCUGUGAGCAAGAGCAGGGCCUUGGAGCUGCACACAGAGCUGGAGUACAGUGUGCUGAGCCAGGGUGUUGCAGAAAUGUUGCCUGCUUUUGGUGAACAUUUGGACACGUUCUCUGAGGUUCCUAAAUGGCAGGAGACUGAGGGCUACUCAGGCUCAGACAUUAAGCUCGUCUGCAGGGAAGCAGCCAUGCGGCCCGUGAGGAAGAUCUUUGAUGCACUUGAAAAUCACCAGUCAGAAAGCAGCGACUUACCCAGGAUCCAGUUGGAUAUAGUAACCACUGCCGACUUUCUGGAUGUGCUAACUCACACCAAGCCCUCCGCAAAGAAUCUGGCUCAGAGAUACUCAGACUGGCAAAGAGAGUUCGAGUCUGUUUGAAACCACAUUUACCCUGACCUGGCCACAAAGGCAACCACAACGACCUCCUAGUUUAUUAAUGUCCGUGGGAGAACAAAAUGAUUGGAAUGGAAAAGAGAAAAUUAUUCUUGAAGACUGGAUUAACUUGAGCCACUAUAUUGUUUUGGAUAGCUGAAAUAUAUUUAUUAACUUAACCAUUAUCGAUGUCAGCAAAAUAUUGAGGGUUUCAGUUACAUACAUAUAUGUGCUAUUGGGUCAUACAAUGGAGAUUUUUCUGACAAUUAGACUCCAUAAAAUUUUAAUGAACAA